AUCGUCCGCCAUAUUGUGGGUGCUUCCCAAAACAUUCAGUUGACAGGCGAGACUUUAGUUCAAUUUAUCUUCGAGGCGGUGUUGAAGUAGAAAGCAUGACAAGCGUUUAUCAAAGGACGGGUCUUGUGCAGAGACGUACAGCCAGUUCACAUGCACAAGACACAUCUGAUUCUCGAGACGAAUCCAGAAAUUAUGACGGAGAAGAUAAAGUCGAGGACCAUGAUUCGAAAGAAACACGGUUGACGUUGAUGGAAGAAGUUUUAUUGCUCGGUUUGAAAGAUAGAGAGGGUUACACAUCAUUUUGGAAUGACUGUAUUUCAUCAGGAUUGAGAGGAUGUAUAUUAAUAGAGCUAGCUUUGCGUGGAAGGAUUGAACUAGAGAAGGCUGGAAUGAGGAGAAGAAGUUUAGUGAAUCGUAAAGUUAUUUGUAAAUCUGAUACACCUACUGGAGAUGUUCUAUUGGAUGAAGCUUUGAAACAUAUUAAAGAAACACAGCCUCCAGAAACUGUUCAAUGUUGGAUUGAAUACUUGAGUGGAGAAACAUGGAACCCAUUGAAACUGCGAUAUCAACUUAGAAAUGUUCGUGAAAGAUUAGCCAAAAAUUUGGUAGAGAAAGGCGUUUGCACUACAGAAAAACAGAACUUUUUAUUAUUUGACAUGACCACACAUCCCCUCACUGAUUCCACAUUUAAACAACGUCUUAUAAAGAAAGUUCAAGAUUCUGUGUUAACACGCUGGACCAAUGAUGCUCAUAGAAUGGACAAACGUAUCUUGUCCCUCAUUUAUCUGGCUCAUGCAUCUGACGUCCUAGAAAAUGCCUUUGCUCCUUUAUCUGAUGAUGAUUAUGAAGUUGCUAUGAAACGUGUCCGUGAACUCCUUGAUUUAGAAUUUGACAAUGAAACAAUGAAAGAUGGUACCAAUGAACUGAUGUGGGCAGUGAUUUCUACUAUUAACAAAUAAUUUCUGUGUUCCUUUCAAACUCGUGGGAUUUAUUUUAAUUAUAAAGAUAUGAAGAUCUUAUUCUACUGCAGAUUUUUACGUUUCAAUAUUUUCAUUUUCACAGCUAGUGGAUAUAAAAAAUAACAUUUGGAGUUAUGUACCUUUAUUCUUUUCACACAUUGAAUAUUCUUGAGAUUUGUUAGAUAGUCUUCAAUCCUUUAUGAAAUAUUCUAAUUUCUAAUGAAGAUAUGCAAAACUGAAUAUAUGUAGGUUACUGCUCAAUGAUUGAGAGCAUCACUCUAUAGAGUUGUGUAUUUAUAUUCAAUAUCCUAUUGAAAUGCUGACACCAUUAUUACAACAUGUCAUGUGAAAUACCAUAGCAAAAAAAAUUGAGUCCCAUUUCAGGUUUCAUUGAAGCUAUCAUGCAUAAACGUAUGAUUUAACAUGUAAUAUAAUAUAACAUAAGGUAGCUGUAACCUUGAUAAAUGACCUAUGUUGACACUAGUGGCAUCACUGAAUUUUAUUGUAUAUUAUCUAAAACAGUAGCUUCUAUUAUAAACUCCUGUUUCUCUUUACUUCUUGUCACAAAAGAUGCAUUGCUUAAUCUGUUUGUCUAACAUUACAUUAGCAUUGACUGCUAUAAAUAUCUUGUUUUCUUGGUACUAAAUGAACUUCAAACUUAAUCAUUGGCUUUUAAAAUUUUAGUUUUUCUUAUCAUUUUUUCCUUUACAUGUUGUUAUGUUGUCAAACUUAUAUUAUUGAUUGUUUGUAUAUAAUGAAAGAUGAAAUAUAUUUAUGCUAGGUUAAAUAUUUUAAA